GCAGCGCAUUUAAACGGAUUAGAGGAAUGUAGACAGUCUCUGUAGCUUCACUGUAAACGGUGGUUUUCCUCUGUGGUGACAUUCUGAAGGUUUUUCUCCGCCUCCAGAUGAGCAGGAGGGGGAUACAGAGGAAGAAGUAGCAGCCAGUCGCUACAUUGUUUUGAACAGGCGGCUAACUUCAGUUGAGUGCGGAGUUUAACAGCUAGCUGCGCGCGCCUCUGACCGAGAAGCCCUUAUAAUUCACAGCGUAGCCGUUUUCAACGAAGCAGGUUUAGUCAUUUGGAAGAAAAUGGUAACUUUCUCUGCAGCGGUUAGACCUCUGGUCUCUCACCUUCAGCGACAGCUCGUCAGACACGCCAUGAGUCCCAGGAUAACGCCUGUUCGACGGUGCAACCUCACGGCGUGUUCCAGCAAAUAUGUCCUGUCUCAGAUGCACCCCAUGUGGCAUGGGCCCCUGGAGGUGCCAGGAGGGGAUCAUCAGUCUCCCAUCGACAUCGCAGUGAAAAAAGCCGUCUUCGACUCGGAGCUGAAGCCGCUGGAGUCCAGCUACGACCCGCAGACCUGCCAGCAGAUCUGGAACAACGGUUACUCCUUUCUGGUCGAGUAUGACGACACUACUGACAAGAACACACUAAAGGGAGGCCCCCUACAGGACAAAUACAGGCUGUGUCAGUUCCACUUCCACUGGGGUGAGAGCAACGACUGGGGCUCAGAGCACACUGUGGACCGAAGGCUGUUUCCUGCAGAGCUCCACUUGGUCCACUGGAACUCUGACAGGUACACUCUGUUCGAGGAGGCGGUGAUGGAGGAAAAUGGACUAGCCGUUAUUGGAAUUUUUCUGAAGGUGGGAAAGAGACAUGAGGGGCUGCAGAAACUGGUUGACGCUCUGCCUGCUAUCAGACACAAGGACAGCGUGGUGGAGUUCACCCGCUUUGAUCCAGCUAGUCUGUUUCCCUCCAACAUCGAUGACUACUGGACGUACCACGGCUCUCUGACCACGCCCCCUCUCACAGAGUCCGUCACCUGGAUCGUUAUGAAGCAGCAUAUUGAAGUCAGCCAUGACCAGCUGGCAGUCUUCCGGAGCCUCCUGUUCACCUCUGCUGAGGAGGAAGUCCAGAAGAGCAUGGUGAACAACUUCCGGGUGCAGCAGCCUCUGCGGGGUCGCGCCGUACGCUCCUCCUUCACUCCCUUCCUGCGGGAGGCGCCGUAGAGGUGACGAGCAGAGCGGCCUACGCUGCUGGACUCGAUAACAACACAACACUGCUCGUCGAAGCAGAACCAGUGUUUAUAUGAUUGGUUUCCUCUGGGGAGCUUCAUCCAAUACAAUCACUUCCUGUUUUAUUUUAAUGAACAGUUUUUACAGAGGAUGGAAGAAAACUUGUAUUUUUACUCACAGUUUGGUUUGACUGUUUCAGACCAGUUAUCAAUAAGGGAAUAUGGGUAGCUGAGGGGGAUUUUAUUUGAUUUGAAUGAUUAUAUUAUCAUAAAUCAUAUUUAUUCUACAUUUUGGAGUUCAGUCAUACUGAGCUUCAGGUUCAGUAAAAACCCCAACAAGUCAGAUUUCUAUCUAAUUCCUGUUUACAGCAAAAUUCUCCUUUAAAUUUUCAUAAAAAUUCCCCAAAAAUCACACAUCGUUUUUCAGUCAGUCUUCUCAGGCUGCUGUUUGUUUUACUGAAUGUUUUAUUCAUCUGUUACGAAGAGAUUCCUCUGAAUACGUCUGACAUUCAGAGCCAUGUUUCACUCAUUUUUUUAACUUUCAAACUGAGUUUUUUUUUUUUUACUCAGCCUUUGUUACUGAGACGCACAAACAUGCAAUGUUCUAGCAGCACACUCGUAGUGACACGGAGUGUGGGAAUGAAAGUAAAAGAUUCAAUGAACCCUAGUGCCUUUAAAUGUUCCGAUUUCUCUUUUGUGUUGGUUUAAUUCUCGCCUGAUUUCUUUUCUUUUACUUUACAGAAUUAAAAGAAAUGGUGUCGGUGGAGACUUUCAGUCAAUCUUGUCAGGAUUGAAUCAGGUUGAUCUCUUCAGUCUGCUUUAAUCAGACUGAUUCAGUUAGAUAAAACUAACCAGAUUGCACCUGUUAAAGCUGAGAAAAUGCAGUCUUCUAAGCUACUGUUGUGCCUUUGUGGCUCUCACCCAGGGUGAUAUAGCCUAAGGGCGGCACAAAAACUGAAUCGGUUCUUCUCAAUGUGCAUAAUGUAGGAAAAUAUUGCUGUACACUUACUGAUAAACACUUCCUGUUCCUGAACAGGUGGUUGUUGAAAAUGAGAACUUGUUCUCAACCAACUUACCUGGUGAAAUAAAACAACUAAAUAAGUAAAA